UACUCACUGACUCACUCACAGAUUGAAAUCUGAGUUGAUUUGAUUUGAUCGUGUGAUUCCAAAGUAACAAGUGACAGACAGACAGACUAAUGGCGGGUGUGUCACCUCUCGCCAAAUACAAACUGGUAUUUCUGGGCGAUCAAUCCGUCGGCAAAACCAGCAUCAUUACCAGAUUCAUGUAUGACAAAUUCGACACAACUUAUCAGGCUACCAUUGGCAUCGAUUUUUUGUCUAAAACAAUGUACCUUGAAGAUAGAACAGUUCGGUUACAGCUUUGGGAUACUGCUGGGCAGGAGAGAUUUAGGAGUCUUAUUCCAAGUUAUAUAAGAGAUUCAACUGUUGCAGUGAUUGUCUAUGAUGUUGCCAAUCGUGAGUCAUUUUUGAACACUUUAAAGUGGAUAGAAGAAGUACGUACUGAGCGAGGCAGCGAUGUGAUCAUAGUCCUUGUUGGCAACAAAACUGAUCUUGUUGACAAAAGGCAAGUGUCGAUCGAAGAAGGAGAUGACAAAGCUCGUGAACAUGGAGUCAUGUUUGUUGAAACGAGUGCAAAAGCUGGAUUUAACAUUAAGCCUUUAUUCAGAAAGAUUGCUGCUGCCUUGCCAGGGAUGGAGACAAUUUCCUCCACAAAACAAGAAGACAUGGUUGAUGUGAACUUGAAGUCUAGCUCAAAUACAAAUCAGCAAGGUGGAGGUUGUGCAUGCUAGAUUAUUAACUACUCAUAUUCAGUUGCACCUUUUGUUUUCGAGUUUUAAUAUGCGUCACAUCAUAUCAUCUUAUAUAGAUUGGGUUGGUUUGGUUUGGUUUGAACUAACAAGUUUUAAAAUGGAAUUGGAACAAAGUUAACAACUUGGGUUGGUUAUUUGGUCUUGUAUUCUUUGUUUCUAGUUUCGGUUUGGCCCAAUGGAUGAGAUGAACACAUGUGUGAUGGUUAA